AUGCAGAAAUCCAGGAGUCCGGUUUAUUCGACACCACGACUGUUAUUUAUAUUCAUUCAAUUCCUAUCUUUAACAUUAGCCAUACCAUGUUAUAUCGGCGCUUCAGAUUCACUUACGACGGAGCCGGAUGCGACCUCUACGAUUUCAGAGCCUUGUAGCGUAACAGAAAGUAUCGAUAUCUCGAGUUCAAAUACCACUAUUUCAAGUUCAAGUAGACACCCCGCGAAGACGACUACACUUAUAAACUCCAUUAUCAGAUCUCCAACAGCUAUACCGCCCCUCAAAAACAAUAAAAUCAACCCCUCAAACCUCUCCGCCCCCAUAAAAGUGAACACUACAGCAGUAAACAGUACACCCCUCAAACCCAACCUUAACCUCAACCUCUCCAACCAAACCACCCCAAACCCCUCCCUACACAACCGACCACGCGCGGAAUCAAAUUCCCCGACAAGUAUCUACAGCACUGGUGGAUUCUACGUAGAAUGCGACCCCAGUCAAGAUGUCUACGAGAAUUUCGUGCCACAUUCACAUAUACCGGGUAUAACGCCGGAACACUGGCCGGACUGGGCAUCGAGUGAUUUCCCACACGAAGAUGCGAUCACGACUAUCCAAUACGAACAAUCGAAAUGCGAAAGUUGUCAUUGCGACGAGAAUGGACUCUAUAAUGUACCUCCUACGGGACAUCCGGAUUUGAGACAUUGUCCCGAUAGUGAUUUUUUGAAUAAUUGUAUUGCUAUGUAUGGUAUGUUUUAA